AUGCCCCCUGCGUCGACACUCUAUUCCCAUCCGGCGCACACGGAACUCCAGCCACGCUGGCUGCGAGGUGCCCGGGUUUUGACCUUCCCUUGUGAGCUUGGUGCCUCCACCUCGACGGACCUCCCAGGCCUUCUGGCCGUGCGAGGGCUUCUGGCGGCGCCAGGCUUCGUCGAGCAGUCAGAGGUGGUGCGGCAUUCAGAUCCGCGACGGCUCCUAGAGGUGCUCACUGAGCAAUAUGGAGAUGACCCCGUGUCGAGGCAAGCCUUGGAGGUGAGCCGCCGGCUCUUUGACUUUGCCGGCCUGACGGACUCCAUCGGAGGUGCAGCCAAGUGGUGUCAGGACACCGUGAGCCAGGUCUCCAACAAAGUCGUGGGGGUCCAGGAGGCGGCGAGCCUCAUUCAGAGUGCGAAUGGCUACAUCGGUGAGGGCACCCAGCUGACAGGCCAGGCUUGGACCAGCAUGCUGGAGCUGGGCACCAAGAUGACGGGCAUCUACCAAGAUUUCCAGCCGUUGGAGCCGGCCUUUGCCAAAGCCAGCGGUGCGAUGGAGAUCACCACCAACCAGGGCAUGCUCUCGCAGCUUGUGCACUGCGUGAGGUCCAUCAUCAGUAGCAAUAGUAUUUUGGAUGUGCUGGGCACAUCUUUGGACAAGGCCUUAGGGAUCUUCUCACAGAUCAAGGACACCGUGGUGAGCGUCGUCUCCAAGCUGGGCGGCCGGAGGCUGCGGGAGGCUGGGCGAGAAGGACGGAUGCUUUACGAUUACAACCAGCUCCUUGAGAGGAUUGACUUUGACUGGAUUUCGAAGAAGAUCCAGGGCUUUGUCGCGACCAUCAAGACGCAGGCAGAAAACCUGGUAGAUAUUGACACCAUCCUCGGCCCCAUGCUGGCCCAGAUGGACAAGACGGGCGUUUCUUCCAGCUGGGAUCAAGUACUGGACGCCUUGCAGCAGAUGUGUCGAGCUUCGAUUCCCUUGGAUUCUGUGGCUUUAACGCUGGCGAUGCGCGCUUGCCGGCGCUCUGGCCGCUGGCGCCGAGCGGCCGACUGCUUUGCCCGGGCGCGUGGCAUGGGGUGCUUGCCCGAUGCCAUCGCUUGGAACAGCUUCAUGGCCUUGUAUCAACACAACGACACAUGGCGGACCACGGCGCUGCUGGUUCAAGCCAUGAUUUGCUCAGCUCUUCGCUUAGACGUCAUCAGCUACAGCGCACGGUUGAGCUCCGAAAGCGGCUCUUGGAGGCAGACGCGCGAGAUUCUGGAGACGAUGCGAGCGAAGGGGCUCCAGCCGGACACCAUCAGCCUCAAUGCUUUCGUUACCGGAACGAAGAGCUGGCAGAUGACCGUUGGAGUCCUUGAGGGCAUCAUCUUGAAGGAAGAAGUGCCCGAAAGAGCUACCUAUGGUGCGGCCAUCAGUGUAUCAGCGAGCCAUUGGCCAAUAGCCCUGGUCUUCUUCGACAGGGCAUGCGAGAGCAAUCUAGUGGAUGCAUCAUCCUUGACAUCUUUGCUCGCGGCUUUGGGGGAAAGCAGCGAGUGGCAAAGAUCGUCGGAAUUCCUUUUUCAGAAGGCAGCCUAUCCAGUGGAUGCAGGCUGUUUCAAUGCCGGCAUGGGUGCUUGUGAGAAGAGCAGCCACUGGCAAGCAGCACUGUGUCUUUUCCAAGACAUGUCCAAGCUACAACUCUGUGAUGCCGUGAGUGUCACCACCUUGAUCUCAUCCAUCUCCAAGUCUCAGCUGUGGCAACUGGCUCUGGCGACUUUCAUGCAGACCCUGAAGCGGAACGAGCACCGCCACGGGUGGCGGAGUGGUCGCAUCGGGCCGGACCAGCUCAGUAGCGAAUGCUCUUGUGCUUUGAUGAGUGCGUUUGCGCGUGCGGAGGGUGCCUCCAAAGGCCAUGCGUGGCGGAUGGCAUUGAAGCUUUUGGAGGAGCUGCCUCGCUGGCGCUACGAGGUGAGCACCGAGUGCCACAACGCCGCGGUGAAGGCCUGUGGCGCGGCAAAGCGGUGGCAGAGCUCCCUGGAUCUCUUCGCGAUGAUGUCUUGUAGGCCUGCACUCCGCAGCACGAUCAGCCUGAAUUCUGCGCUGGAUGCAUGUGCGCGCGGAAGCCAGUGGGAGUGGUCCGUGCAGACACUGGCCACGGAGCCUGCUCGAGAUGAGAUCAGCUUCAGUUCCACCACCUCUGCCUAUGCCAACUGCAACCUUUGGCCCAAGUCCUUGUGCAUGUUGGGGAAAAUGAAGGAGAACCUCUUAAGGCCGCAUGAGAUCAUGUACAAUUCGGUGGCUGCUUCCUUUGAGCACUCUGGCCAUUGGCGUUUGGCCACGGGGCUCUUUCAUGAGAUGUGCUCCAAGAACCUGGCAGAUCUCAUCUCCAUUGGUUUAAUCUUAAGCCGGUACAGUGAAUCGGCUCCCUGGUUUUCAGCCCUGAUCUUGGGAUCGCAGAUGUCUCAGGUGAGACUCCCCAGCAGCAGCAUGAGUCAGCAUGCGCUCGUGAAGUCCAUCCUCACCGCGCCCGCGGGCUUUGCAUGGCGCUGGGCGCGGCAGCUGCUUGAGGUUCAACAGGUGUCGGACCUGGCAACCGUCGAGCAGCUGGCCUUGAGGCUGGAGAAGCAGCCGAUUUUCAGCGGAGGACGAGGACUCCCGGAAGUGUUGGAGAAGCUGCCACUGAAGCAGUUGCUGAGAUCGUUGCAAGAGAUGAUCUGCGCAAGAAAGAGCGCGUGUUAUUUUUUUCUCCGCCCAAUUGCUAGGCUGCUUUUGACGCCGUGCAGCGUCUUGACAGGUCACGAGGCGCUUGGAUAUCAUCUCGCAGGCGCAGCAGGCGGUUGGUGGCGUGGGCAGCCUCAAGGAACAAGCGGAGAAGAACGCCAGGGCUAUCAGCAAGGUCAUUCCAACCUGGCAGGCUGUUGA